AACAGAAUCCUAAAAUUCUGCAAAGACCACACCCUCUACCCAUCCAUCAAAGCUGGGGGGUACGGUACAGCCGGGUGGGCAAUUAACGGGGACAUCGUUGUUGACCUCUCGAGAUUGAAUGAUAUUGAUAUCGAAAUGCCUCGCCCCGUUCCAGAGACUAAUAAUAAAUCGGAGCAUGGUGGGUUUACGAGGUUGAGGGAUAGUCCGAUUCAGGAGAGUGUCGGUGGGAAGGGUAAGGCGAAAGAAAGCGAUUCUUCGAGCGUGAUAGAGGAGAGAACAGGCGGGUUCGGUGAGAAAAAGGAGAGCAGGAACGGGAAUGACGAGAGGAACGGAAACCCUUCGAAUGGUAAUGAACCGGGAAUGGGAAUGGGAACGGGGAAGAGGAGACGAAGUCCGUUCGAUACGUCUACAGGUCUUCCACGCGACCCGUUCGUCGCGAAGUUCCUUCAAAUGGACGGCUCUGGCAGCGAAGAAAACGAAGAUGAAAGUAAAGUGGAGAAAGACAACUUGCCUUCUCCUCCAAUUCGUCGUCGACUCGAUAACACCCAGGCCGAUACCAACACGCGUACGUCAUCUUCCAUUGUAUCUGGUAUUUCCGGUAUACCUACUGUCGACCUUCGUGAUCAUGGCCCAGGAACCGGAACCAUCAACUAUAGUGAGAAUAAAAGCGAGGACGGGGACCAGUUUCCAAAUGUAGGCUCGGACAGCAUGUCUCCCUCCGGGAGCGUGGUAGGGAGCGGGAGCUCAAACACCACCAGUACUGGUACUGAUCGGACGAUCUCCAAUGAUGGAUCCUACAUUUCCACUACCACCAACACGUCUAUGUCCGUGUCCGGUUCUGGUUCUGGUUCGACGGCGUAUACGACCCCCGCUGGUAGUACAGUGGCUACCAGUACUGGUAAUGCCAGUGAUGACGGGAAGGGUCUAAGCGACGUAGACAUGGAUGUGGACUUGGAUGAAGGAAAAGAGAAAGAGAAAGAAGACGCUGCAGAUGUGAUUGGGACCGUCUCUGCUGGUUUAGCUGACCCGAGUGGUGUUAUGGAGGGGUUACGACAAAUGGUUCCUUCCCCUUCCCCUUCCUCCUCGUUUUCUCCCUCGUCUGCUGAUGGUGUUAGUGUUGCGGUUACUUCUAGUACUCUUCCUACACCAACAAACGCCACACAGGCUCAAGCAAACAAUACAUCCUCUGCGCCAACUCCAACCCCAGCUCAAGACCCUUCCUCCACGACCACAUCCCGUCCAGAAAACUUCAGCAUCCGCUCCGUAGACCCCUUCGGAUACAUGAGCGGCCCAGCGAGUGCGCGAGCUCCCGCAUACGUCUCGGGUGUGAGGCCGCAGAGGGGUUAUGAGCAGCCUGCGUUUGGUCUGGGUGGUACUAGUACCACGACUGCUACUGCCGCGUAUCCGCUCUCUUCUUCCGGGGGUGUGGGAGCAGGGGCGGGACCGUCGAGUGUGCCCAUGGUUGUUGACUCCUCUUCCGAGGGCAUCGGCUCGGGGACGGCGACGGGGAGGCCCGGGUUCUUGUCUGUCGCAGCUGCACCCGUUCACCCAUAUGCAUACGUUUCCUUCGGUGCAGGCGUGAAACAGAAAGACAUCGACUUGUUCACUGCUGCGCACCCGUUACCUGCUACGUCUGCGAAUGGGAACAUGUUGUCGAGUAUUCCGUAUCAUGUUCCUUUGGCAGCGCACCCCGUGGGCUCGAGCGUGAUGAUGCUCGGUGGAUUCGGGUUCCUUUCCCGUCUACACGGACUGUCAAUCGACGCGCUUGUUGAGGUGGAGAUGGUACUGGCAGACGGAAGCGUCGUCUAUGUGAGCGAGAAUGAGCAUCCUGAUUUAUGGUGGGCACUUCGAGGUGCUGGACCUGCGUUCGGUGUCGUGACGAGGUACAAGGCGAAAGCGUACCCCGUUCCUGUCGUCUUUGCAGGGAACCUCAUCUACAACUUCCACCCACACACCACCGCCUCACUCAUCAAACACUUCCGCGACUGCGUCAAAGCCGCCCCUCGCGAACUCUACACCAACGUUCUCCUCACUGCCGGACCUGCCGACAAAGGUUCACUCGUCGUCGUUCAAUUGUGUUAUGUUGGGCCGAAAGAGAAGGGAAGAGAGUUUUUGCAGGCGCUGCAGAGCGUCGAGAGUGGGGAGAAGUGUUUGUUGAAUGAGGUGUGUGAGAAGACUUUCUUGAGUCAGCAGGACAGCGUUGCGCAGAUCUUGAGGGGGAAAGCUGGACGACAGUGGUACAUCCGCUCGGCGCUGAUUAAACCACUAUAUAGACUACACCUGCUC